CUCUACGCAUUCUUGACGCACGUCGGUCUAUUCCGAUCGGCAGCGAGCAAACACGACUCGUACCGAGAUGUGAACUUAACGCAAGCCUACGCAGAGACCGCGAGAUCUGGUGGUCUCAACGCGCAUCAGACAUCAGAGAUGGAACGUGCUGCCGCCAUGGGUAAUUCCCGUAAGCUGUUCCACAUCAUCCGGGUUACCGGUAGGAAAGCCUUAGGUGUGAGCGAAACGGUCUACGAAGCUGACGGUUCGCCCAUUCAUAAUCAACAGCGACGCCUUGAACGCUGGGUGGAGCACUUCGAAGCACAAUUUCGCUGGCUUCCAGUGUCAGCUUCUCACACGGCUAUUCCGGCACAUGUCCCAUGGUUUGUUUCAACAGAUCCACCUUCUGAGGCGAAAAUCCGUAAGGAAAUCUAA